AUGAGUCGCUAUAAACCAGUUAACAGUUCAAUUAAAACUCAUCAGUCAACUGCCAGUCUACCAAAAGAAGAAGUUAAUGUUGUUCUACUUGGAAAACAAAGUGUUGGCAAAUCAGCGUUAGUUGUUAAAUAUUUAACAAAACGCUUCAUUUGUGAAUACGAUCCAUUUCUUGAAGACACCUAUUGGAAACCGGAUGUUGUUGAUCAACAAGAAGUAUUGGUCAAGAUCAUGGAUACCUAUGGAAAAGAUCAUAAACGUUUGCCAUAUUAUUUAAAAUGGGCUGAUGCAGUACUAAUAACAUAUAGUAUCACACAACAAGAUAGCUUUGAAAUGGCAUUGGCUUAUCUAGAUGCAAUAACAAGUUAUUCGAAAAGUUUAACUGUAUCAACAAAUGAACUUGUUCUUAUGUUGCUUGGAAAUAAACUUGAUUUAGAACGAGUAAGAGUGAUUCCAAAAUGUGAUGGUGAAGCAAUAGCAGCCAAAUACAGUUGUGCUUUUUGUGAAACAACAGCAGCUGAUGAUUAUGAUUAUGUUCAACAGCUAUUUCAUCGCACUGUUCGUGAAGUACGAAAAGAACGUGAACGUGUUGUUGCUUCGAAUUCUAUUGACGAAGAACCACCAACAACAAUACCGAUAAAUUCGAUUGCAACUUUUCCUUCGCCAUCAUCCUCGUCGUCGUCGAGUUCAUCGAUUCAUUUUACAAUCGCGAACGACACAGAAAGAUCUGUAUUAUCGGCAAUCAGUAUUCCUGCACCACCUCCGAUGCCAACAAGUUUUAUACAAAAAACAACAAAACUAAUUAAACCGGAUUCACAAACAUCAAUGAAUUCGUUACUUUCGCCUGCAACUAAAGCAGGUUCACCAACGACAGCAAAUACUGUUCCUUCAGCAGCAACAUCAACUACGAAACGUUCAUCAUCAAAAACGUCUGUAUUUUCGAAAAUAUUUAAAUAA